AUGGCGACGGGCGGAGGCAAAGGGCGCGGGGCGGAGGCAAGGGGCGCGGGCAAAGGGCGAGGGGUGGGGCAAAGGUCGAGGGGCGGGGCAAAGGGCAGGGCAGAGUGCGAGGGCAGGCGAGGGGCGGAUGAGGGGCGAGAAGGCAGGGGCGGAAGGCGAGAGGGCGAGGCAGAGGAUGGGAGGCGUGAACGAGGGGCGAGGGCAGAGGUGAAAAGUGCCCUCACCCUCCUCGUCGUGCCGUCAUCCUCAUCGUGCCGUCAUCCUCAUCGUGCCGCCCUCCUCAUCGUGCCGUCAUCCUUGUCGUGCCGCCCUCCUCAUCGUGCCGUCGUCCUUGUCGUGCCGCUGCCGCCGCCGUUUGUCGCCCGCUGUCGGUCGUCCAUCGUCUUUCAUCGCCCGCUGUCAUUUGUCGCCGUCGUCAUGCGUUAUUCGUCGGUUUCGAUAUUCGUCCCUCUUCAAGGGGAGGUGUGCAGAGUGAGGGCGCAGGCGAUGAGAGGCGGAAGGUGGUGGGGAGCUUGA